AGUAAUGACCCUUAAAAAUACAGGUAUCUGCAUAACCAGUCCACCAAGGCAAAGAACCCACAUGGGUUAAGUACAGUAGUUUUGGUUACCCACAUAACUAACCAUUAAUCAAUCCAUUGGCUCAAUCAAUCUCCUAAAACAAGUAGAGUAGGAGGAAGUGGGUAACCCAUAUUAACCCAUCUCCAUUUGACUCUCAUUCCUCCCAAACUUCCCUAUAUAACUCUGCACUUUUCCCUCUUCCUUCCACAACAUCACCAACAAACACUCUCUCCUUCCCCCAGCAGCAACAAAUCGUAGCCCACUGCCAUUUUCUUCAACAAAUCCGACGACUCCCAAUGGCUCGUCAAGCAAUCGGUUUUGGCCUAGUCCUGGUUGCCGUAUCGGUGCUGUGGGCUGGAGCAGCGGCUCAGUCGUCGUCGAGUUGUACCAAUGCGUUAAUAAACAUGGCGCCUUGCCUCAACUACAUAAAUGGAAACUCCUCAAACCCCCCUUCGGGAUGCUGCACGCAGCUGAGCAAUGUAGUUGAAUCGCAGCCUAAGUGCUUGUGUCAGGCCCUUAAUGGUGGCGGCUCCCUUGGGAUUACUGUCAAUCAGACUCGGGCACUGGAACUUCCUAAAGUUUGCAAGGUUGAGACUCCAUCCAGUAGCAACUGUAAUGGUGCUUCCCCGACGGGCUCUUCCUCAGGAACACCAGCAUCUCCAACCACAAAAACUCCAACUACAUCACCUUCAGGAACUGGGUCAAAAGCUGUGCCAUCAACAGACAGCAGCUCAUCCCCUUCAGAUUCGAGUUCUACAAAGAUGACAGUUUCUCUGUCUUUUGUCCUCCUGUUCAUUGCAUCUUAUUUUUCAACCUCCACAAUUUGCUGAGUUUUCUCAUCUGCCUGCGUUCCAUCAGUCCAACAUAUACCCUAUUAUUUACAUUGAAUCCUAUUUAAUUUCUCUUUUUUUCCUAAAUAAAGGGUCCAUACCAUGGAACGUAUAUUUGUACUGUCAUUCUUUGGCAACCUCCUUAGGGGUUGACGUGGUUUUGUACUACAGGGAGAGUUAUUUUCCUCUUCCCUUCUCAAUAAAGAUGAUUUCUAGUUUAUUUUUUCCAA